AAACAAUACACCGGAACAGAGGAUUUACUGAAAAUAUUUUCUAUAAAAUGAUGAGCACGUAGCACUGAUUUCAGAAAACGCUGUGUUCUCGUUCAACUCUCACCGCCAUGGUUCAGAAUUUCGCUGUUUUCCUGAUUCUUUCUCUUUUUGGCGGCUCACUGGGAACAACCACCUCACCUCAGCAACAAACUGACGCCUCAAAAUUACAAGACUUAUGCCAGGUAAGAAAUGCAUAAAGAUGUAAAAAGGACUACUGCGCCCUAGAUUAGGUACACCCAGAAAGCGUUUUAUUACUCUCACGUCGUUAUGAUCAUUUAUUAAAAAGUACCCGUUAAAAGUUUAUGACAGUUUAUUUCAAAGUCCUCGCUUCAGCAUGAUCUUUCCUAGAAAACCUGAAGCCUGUCCAUUGUUAAUUGUUAAUUUUCUCUGAUUCCAUCCACCAUUCGAGACGAGAUAACGAUUUAAGAGGAUUAUGAUAUUCAAGGUUCAUUCCGUGCCUUGAAAACAAGGGAGACGGCUGGCGGGUAUAGACUUCGUCCAUUUUGGUUCGGAAUCAUUGUUUGCGUGAGAGCCACAGGCGUGUAUGAACGUAUUUAUCGUUUCAAUUCCAAAUGAGAAGGAAAUAUAAAUAAUUACGCGAAUUAUUUUUCGUUGCUAUUCUAAAUUAAUCUAAGUAAUUAUGACAUGCAUAAUUUCUUCGAGACAAGGUCUGAAAACUGGUAUGGAUUUUAGAGGCCAAGUCUGAAAACGGGUUUAAAAAUGACGUGAUUUGGUUUGAAAUAGAGUCAGGAUUUGGAGAACCGGGUGGCACACCACCACCGCCAAGAAUUCCUAUGAGUAUCCCCCGUCUCGAGUUAUCCAAGAUCCCGUUUCGUCUUCGUCUCUGCUAAGUGCAGGUCAUCUUUUUUCAACUUCAGCGAUCUAUGCUGGGUUUCCCUGGUAUUCCUGGACCAAAUGGUAUACCGGGAGUGCCGGGAGUGCCGGGCGUCCCGGGGCCACACGGACCCCAGGGAAGAGAAGGUGUAAAAGGACAAAUUGGUGAUAAAGGAUCAGAUGGAAUGCCGGGUCCAAGAGGAGACAGAGGACGCGAAGGAUCCCCUGGGAAGAGUGGACCACGAGGAAUUCAGGGAAUGAAAGGAGAGCGCGGAGCUGUGGGAAUUAAAGGAGAGCGAGGAAUUGUGGGAAAUCAAGGAAGAAAAGGAGAGAAAGGAGAAAGCGCCAAAGCAAGUCAAGCAAGUGUAGUACCACAAACCAACUGGAAACAAUGUGCGUGGAAAUCAGACAGCGGUACUGAUAACGGAAAGAUAAAGGUAAUUAGAAUAAGAAUCAUUAAUAACACACUCCAAAAAAAAUUUAUUCCUUUCUUAAUCAAAAUUAUUCAAAGAAGAACGUCUCCCCUCUUACUUACCGUUUGCCAACACAUUACAUAAAGAACUAACAAAAGUUACAUCUCGCUCUACUUUGGUUCUUUUUGAAAGAAAGAAAGAAAGAAAGAAAGAAAGAAAGAAAAAACAUCGUGCGUGUUAAAAUGAUUCCUGGCCAUGUGGAUAAGGACAACAACAAUUGAAGUUAUUACAUAGUUUUUAAAAAAUUAGGAAGUAUUCUAGACUGGAGUAGUUAAUAUCAAUCAUUACACUUGGUUACUCGCCUUACUACAAUAUGUUUGAUUUGUUUGAUUUUAUUCCAGGACUGUGCGUUUAACAAACUGCAGUCUAAUUCAGCGCUCAGAGUCUCAUUCCAGGGAAACAUGAGGGUCCAAGGUACUAGUUCUAAGUGUAAUCGCUGGUAUUUCAAGUUCAAUGGAAACGAAUGCAGUGGACCAAUGACGAUUGAGGCUGCUGUUUACAACUACUGGCCAUCUGGGAACCCUAAUCUGCUGCAUCAUCGGUCAUUUGAGGGGUACUGUGAAAACAUCCCACAAGGCGCUGUUAGAGUGGAAUUAUGGGUAGGAAAGUGUAGUGGCUGGACCCUGGGUGAUGCUUACACUGGGUGGAAUUCAGUGUCCCGGAUAAUGAUUGAAGAAGUUUCUAGGCCCCAGUCCUAAUAAGGGGAUUCUUGAACUUUGGCGCUGUUUUAAUUUUCUUAGAAUAGCAUUCUACAAAUAUAGACUGUAAAGCGUAAGGUGCGAAAGUAUUGUUUUUGGUUAUUUUCUGUUUAGCCCUUUGUGGCUACCUUCGUCGUAUUAGAUUAUUGAUAGUAAACUCCAGGAGCCAAGGCUCCUGUAAACUCUUAUAGCUGUAUUAAUAUUUUGCACAAUUAUGCAAGCAUGUUAGUCUCCUAUUCAUGCAUCUUUAUGCCGCAGCUCUUUGUUUUGUAACGCAGCGCUUUUUUAGCUUCUUUUUGGGGAGGCACCUUUCGCGACGACACAAUAAUGGGCUGAGCGCGUAGGGAAUUGGUCCCUGAAGCACCGUUUUGUCUCGUCACGCAACGCUCUUUCCCGUGGCGUGAGGAUACAAAAAUUGCUGUGAUGGAGAGCGAUUGAUUGGCAAUGCUUUUUAAAGGUGAUAUGUUGUGGAUGCAAAAUAUAUCACUACCGCUUCAGGGGAACACCCAUUCUCUCUUGGGUUACCAUGAAUAUCACCAGAUUGCCGUUCAUUUCGUUAAGAUUUUAAAUUCAUUAAAGCAAACAUCCUGAUAUAAUCUUUCAUCUGAAAAAGAAUAUUUUAGAAAUCUUUAAUUAAAUCGCGCCUUAAGCACGAUUCCUUUUGUAGCUAAACACUUUGAGGCAAAACCUCAGAAACCUUUAUUAAAAUCGGAUAAGAAUUUUGAGGAUUAAAAUCUCACCUAGUAAAAUUUAUAAAAAUUAGCUGAAAAGAUAAAAAUAUGAUAAUAUAUAGGAUAACUUGAUUAUCGGUAGCCUGCGUGGCAAGUUGUAUGGAUAUACUCGGUCUUGGAUACCCGUACAUCAAGUGAUAGGAAGUUAAGUUAUGCCGGACCGUCGCAGUACGAACUUCGUCAAGGGAACAGUUUUCUUUUAUUUAGCAAAACUUUUAUUGCUUUGUAGGGUUUCAUAUACCAUAAAUUUCACGAUUUUGUCUCUUCCUGUGUUUUUGAUGGUUUCCUUUAAAAAAAAAAAAUUACUGUUACUUUUAUCAUAGCCUGAUACCAACAUCGUCCUUGGAGAGCAAUCUUUUCUACCAUAUCCUAACGGA